AACAAAAUCAAAACAAAACAAAAUAAGAUUCAAUCUAAUCGCUUUGUUUAAUCACUAACUAUAAUCGCUGUAAUGAGCAUUUUCAGCCGAUAAAAUAAGCGGUUAACAUGGACGACGACUGGCUCAACGAUGAGGAGCUGGUGGCGGCCUUGGCAGUACAUGAACAUGAACAGCAGGAAACUCAGGAAGAUAAUGUGGUGCCAGGGACGGAAGAGCCCUGCGAGGGCUUCGAUAUGGCCACCGGAAACAGUUGGAUUUACCCCAAAAACCUGCCCCUGAGAUCCUACCAACACAGCAUAGUCCACUCUGCGCUUUAUAAGAACACCCUGGUGGUGCUGCCCACGGGUUUGGGCAAGACCUUCAUUGCAGCGGUGGUGAUGUACAACUUCUACAGGUGGUAUCCGCAGGGAAAGAUCGUUUUUAUGGCCCCCACAAGACCUUUGGUGGCCCAGCAGAUCAAUGCCUCCCAGAAGAUAAUGCCUUUCGCCGCAGCCGACACCGUGCAGCUCACGGGCCAGCUGGCGCGACCCAAGCGAGCCGAGCUGUGGGCCACCAAGCGCGUCUUCUUCGCCACGCCGCAAGUGGUGCACUCGGACAUGCUGGAGGCGGACGGCACCUCGACCUUUCCCUUCAACUCCAUCAAGCUGGUAGUGGUGGAUGAGGCGCACCGGGCCAAGGGGCGCUAUGCCUACACCCAGGUGGCCGACUGUCUGAUGGCGCACAACCGAAACUUCCGGAUGCUCGCCCUGUCCGCCACUCCGGGCAGGACCAUGGAGGACGUGGCCUCGGUGUGCCAGAACCUCUACAUAUGCAGCCUGCAGGUGCGGUGGGACAAUUCGAUCGACGUGCAGCCCUACGUACAUCGGCGGACCAUUCGCACCAUAGUCGUCUCCCUGAAGGACAGGAUCAAGGAGCCCCGGGAGAAGUUGCUUCAGAUUAUCGAGCCAUAUCUCCGCCAGCUCAUUGAGGCGGACAUUCUGAGGGGCAGCAAGGGGGGCAUGAGCAAGAAUAACUUGCUCUACGAGCAGAAAGUCUUCGCUGAACGCUCCUCGGCACAGGGCCAGCGGCACCCGGACCACAACAUCAUAAUGGGCAACUUUGCCAUGUGCAUCAGCAUGUACCACUCGCUGGAACUGAUGGAGCGCCACGGCCUCCGGGUGUUUGUCAACAGUUUCGACGCGGACGAGGACGGGCGCGAGAAGUUUGUCUUGGCAAGGGAUCGCGCCCUGAGGGACUUGGUGGAGCAGGUGCGACAGGAGCUGGGCGCCAAUCCGCUGGACUACAGCACGGGAGCAAUGACAAAUGGUGAAGUGGCGGCGUUGCCGGCGGACCUGGACUAUGGCCAUGCCAAGUAUGAGCAAUUGCGACAAGUGUUAAUCAAGCACUUUGCGGCCAAUCCCGAUUCGCGCGCCAUUGUCUUCUGCGAGUACCGGGAGUCCGUGAUGCUGAUCCACCGCCUACUCCUCCAGCACAGACCGCAGCUGCGCCCGCGCUGCUUUGUGGGCCAAGGCCACACGGUGGGCUCCAGCUAUGCGCUCACCCAGAAGCAGCAGCUGCAGAUUAUGGCCGAUUUUCGAUCAGGCACCAGCAACGUCCUGGUGGCCACCUCGAUCGGCGAGGAAGGCAUCGACGUGGGCGAGGUGGAGAUGAUCGUCUGCUUCGACAUAUGCAGCUCCAAUCCCACCCGAUUCGUGCAGCGAAUUGGACGCACUGGGAGGAAGAAGAACGGCGAGGUGGUGAUGCUGGUGACGGAGGGUCGGGAGCAGCAGGUGCUCAAGGAUGUGCUGGCUCACAAGGACCAGAUGAACAAGAAGCUUCUGAACUCCUCCGUGGUGAAAAUGUCGCUGUACGAGCACAAUCCGCGAAUGGUGCCCUCGCAAUUUCAGCCAAAGUGCGAGGAAAAGCACAUGGAGCAGGCGCCUGUUGAGGAGAAGCCAAUUGGUAGCAAGGCCAAGGCAGCAGCCAAGGCCAAGGAACCUAGGAAACGGAAGGAACCAAUUGCAAAGGCCUGCACCAUCAAGCGUUUCUUCAAGGAAGUCUCUGUUUCGGAGAGCCAACUGGGAAUCUCGCAGGGAAUGCAGCCCUACCAGAUGAGCGAAGCCUCCCAGCGGAUGGUCAAGCAGGAAGUGUUCCGGCGCAGUGUUCCUCUGAACGGUUUCCUCGCAGACACACAGGCUGCCAAGCCGACUCUGAGUAACAGUCAGGAGGAUGUGCAGCGGCUGCGAAAACUCACCCGCUUCCUGCAGUCGAAUAAGCCAGUCUUGGCGGACUCUCAGACAGACCUAAUUUGCCAUCUGCAAGAUCAGCAGUUGCCACGUCCCCUGAAGCUCUACUUGCUGCAAAGCAACCCCCUCUUCCUCAGGGAAACCCACUCGAAAAUGCAGCUUCAAAGCCAAUUGGAGAUCCCCGACGACCGCCUGAACAAUCGUCAGCAGAAGACCAGAAAUAACUACAAACUCCUUGUGGACAUCUGCGGGGGAAGUGACCAUUUAGAGGAGUUUCUGCAGGCGGAGCAGCAGUCCCUGGCAGAGAUCACCUUCAAGGAGCUGGAGAAUCCCCUGGACGAACGCAGGGAAAGAGAAUUUAAGGCCACCUGUGAUACGAUUUUCGAGGGCCUGGACGAGCAAGGUCUGAACGCGGAUAAUUAUGAUCUCAAGCAAGAGCUGCUGGAGAAGCUGGAUGUACGGAAUCUGGAAGUUACGGUCAACGAGCAAUUGCGUGGAAUCCCGGAGACAUCGUGGUCAGAAGAAGAGUGGGAAGAGCAGCCAGCAGAAGAUGUGAAAUGUGACUCUAUGUACCUGAGCCAGCAGUUGAACUUGUCCGCUGCGGAUGCAGUGCAGCAUAGCUCCACCCCUUUGAGAGUAAAGCCCUUGAGCAAACUGAUGUUCGAACCAAUGCCAGAGGAGCAGGAGGACGAAAACACCGACUUGGGGAACAACUUGGGGCGCUUGAACUGCCUAAUGAAUGCCAGUGAGUCGCUCCUAAAAACCGAGCCUGUUGAGAUAUCCGUUUCUGAACCGGAAACUGCAGGAGAAGAGAAUCCACCUGCAGCUGCGAGUGAGGUAUAUCCAUUAAGCUCAGGGGAGAGUGGAGAAAGCCUAGUGCCCAGUGUAGAACCAAAAGUAAAAUCCGAACUAGACGAUUUGGAGAUCGAUUUGGAUGAUUUUCUGGAGCCAAUGGAUGAGGAAAUCAAGUUGACCCAACUAAAGAAGGAGGCGGAAGUGCUCAGUCAAGAGGAGCUGAAGGAUUUCCUAGAACCCAUGGCUGAAGAACUGGAGCUAAUGGGUCAGAAUAAUGCCCCGCAGUCGUCCAGUACUGAAGCCAAAGAGAAGGAGCCGCUUUUGAUAUCCCCCUCCAAGUCCAUUUCGCGCAAUGUCUCGCCGGAUAUAUUUGCCUCCGACUCGCUGUCACCUUGGAAACCAGCCGGAAAGAGCCUCGCCACCAAGCUGGCCGCCAAGGCAGCGGCAGCCAAGGCUCCAACUCCUCCUUCCAACCUUCAGUCGCCGGAAAGUCGUGAGAAAACCAAUCCACUGACCCAGGAGAAAUCACCGAGCAUUUUCGAUCUCUACCUCAAUCGAAUGCGGGGACGCGGGCGCUUGGCCAAGGCGGCCGAGUCCCUGCAUCGCCUGACCUCGGCAAAUGCCUCGGUCAAGGAGGAGGAAAAAGAGGAUUCGCCCAUUGUUCGUCGCCCCUCGAAGCGUAAGAUAGUCAUUAGCUCCGACGACGAGGACGAGCAGAAGAAGCCCCUGGUGGCCGACUACGACUCUGAUGACUACGAACAGAUUCCCUGCACGCAAAUGGAGCCGGAGACACCGACACCGCCGCCAAAGCCACGCCAAAAGCGCGCUAAAUUCAAUUCGUUUAUUGUCGAUGAGGCCGAUAAAAGCGGCUCAGACCACGACGAGGAGGCCGAGACUACGAUCGGCACAUAUCUAAAGGAUUCUGUGAUAGUUUCUAGCGACGAUGACGAAGAUCCCAAUGACACUAACGUGCAUGCCAUGUACCUGCAGGCCGUGAGGAGCCCCAUUCAGAGGCCAGGUGCCUUCAAGAUGCCCGCUCCCAAGGUUUACCGCGAUGAAUCGCACAUCUUCUCCCAGCCAGUGGAGGCGGAGGCGUCCCAGUACCUGCCCUGCUCCUUUAUCGUUGACGACGACAGCUCAACCAUUCAGGACGUUUCGGAGUGUCCUCUGGAGAAGGCCGAGCGCAUCCUCAAGGAGCGACGCCGCCAACGUCGACUGGGAAACCUACAGCCAGUAGCUCCGGCCAACAAGCGACGUCGGAUUCAAACUAUGAGCACCUCUAGUGACGAAGACGAUGUGUGCUUCGUUAAAUGACGAACAGUCGGUAUAAAAGUGCCUUUAAGGCGAUGUAUGUUUGCCAUUUUAUUUUGUUUCGUUAAGAUUAUAUUUGGACUCCCUUUUGUUACGUUCCAAGAUGGUGCACCACGUUUGCAGUAUGUUUAUUUGCGUAAUUAUAAGUAUCUAAUAUUAAGCGGUUUGUAAUAAAAUAAAUGUCAAUGGUUUUUGUAAAUGAUGAUG